AUGGAGAGCCGUAGUGGAAAGGUUUACGCCUCUAAUUUAGCAUCAAAAGGAAUAGGCGCUACUAGGAAUUUUAUGGGCACGAAGCGGAUGAGAAAACUCACCAAAGAUAACAUAAGAGCCUUAACUAAAGGCGAUAUCAGGCGUUUAGCUCGCCGAGGUGGCGUAAAGCGUAUCUCAGGCAGCAUUUACGACGAAAUUAGAAAUACCGUCAAGUCUUAUUUGAAAAACGUACUCAAGGAAAUUUGUGAUGUUGUUGAGCAUGGUCAGAGAAAGACUGUGAUUGUAAAUGACGUCAUUUUUGUUUUAAAACGACUCGACCGACCAAUUUAUGGGUUUGAUCAAUAUGAACAUGUUAGGAAAGUAAAUGGCAGCCAUUAA